AUGGUGCUUCUGACAUUGACGCCGACUGCCAAAGCAGCUUUACAAGAAUACCACAAGGCUUUACCGAAUUUGGACGAGGCCGCAUUGAAGAAUCGAGAUCAUUGGGAGAAGUUGUCGACGGCAGAAGUUGGGACUCCAGUUGAUCAUCAUGACCUCUUGAUGGUCGCUAAAUAUUUUGCGGCGCAAAAUGAUGAGACAAGUUCACAGUCGCAAACACGAAGAUUGGAUGUGCUCCUUCGAGGUGCAGCAGUCUAUCAACCACCACCGCCACAAAAGUCGGAACCAACCUCGGAAUAUAAAGCCUUGAUGCGAAGACUUCGCGUUGAAGAAGAACAAAGACAGUAUGAGCGUAUGAUCAACCCGGCGCCAAAGACGGAGAGUUUUCGUCAGCGGUUCCCGGGGAAAUCGAACACUCUCGGUCCAUUCGCUCAAGCCACAGCAGAAGACAUUGAUGAAGUUUCAUUUGCGGACGUUAAUCGUCAGAUGAUUCUGAUCAUCAACGUCCUCAUCUCUAUCAUCUGCUGUAGCGUAGCCAUUUGGAUGGCCGCUCGUCGCUGGAGUGUACCGCAGCGACUCGGACUGUCUUUUUCUGGCAGCGCAAUUGUCGCCGUGGCAGAAGUUGCCAUCUACAUGGGUUACAUCAAGCGAAUCAAGGAUGCAAAGGCUGUGGAAGCAAAGCACAUUGAGAAGAAGGAGAUUCUUGAUACGUGGAUUAUCGACGCCAAACCGAAAGAUUCGACAAAGGUCGUUUCCAAAUACAUCUCCACGCAGGACAUGAGCCGUGAGAACUUUUUUGAACACGACAAGCGAUCGGUGGCCAUGUCGGCCAAAGACUUUCAUCAUCCGUUUGUGCCGUAUAGCAUCCAACAACAAUUCAUGGAGGCACUCUAUGAUUGCAUUGACGCAGGCAGUGUUGGUAUAUUCGAAUCUCCAACAGGCACAGGGAAAUCCCUGAGUCUGCUGUGUGGCGCCCUUACAUGGCUCCGAGAACAUAAGCGAAAAGCUUUUGACGAAGCCAUCGCCAAGAUCGAGAUCGACGAUGAUGAGCCAGAAUGGAUGCUCAACCAUGCCAGAGAGGAACGCAGGCAGCAGAUACACGACAUGCGAGCACAUCUUGAGGCCCGUUUGACAACGAUUCGUGAAGCCGAGAAGCGUAAACGAGAGCAAUUGGUCAUGUCUGAUGCCAACCCUAAGCGGCGGAAGGAAGCACACCGUGUUGCCGCUGCUGAAGAUGACGAGGAGCAAUUCAUACUUGAUGAUUAUGAAAGCGACAAGGAAGAUUCUCGACAGCAGUCACAGUAUUCUACAGAGACGCUUAAAAUGCUUGAGAAGCUUGGUAUGCUUCCGUUGGAAAGUGGAAAGGGUGCUGAUGAAGAGGUCGUUGAAGAGACUAAAAUUUACUUCUGCUCGAGAACCCACUCUCAACUAUCUCAGCUUACUGGCGAAUUACAAAGGAUCAAGUUGCCGCCUGGAUUACCACCGGAAGACAAAGAUGAUACCACACUUGUAGAAGAGCUCAAACAUCUCACCUUAGGAUCUCGAAAGAACCUUUGCAUCAAUGAGAAAGUUGUGAAGCUUCCUACACAGACAGCCGUGAAUGAGCGUUGCAUCGAGCUUCAACAGAGCAAGACAUCUGCAACACAGAGGUGUCCAUAUCUCCCACGCAAGGAGAACGAAGAUGUCGUUCUCGAUUUUCGAGAUCAUGCCCUCGCCAAAAUCCGAGACAUUGAAGAUCUGGCGGACUUGGGUCAGCGAUUGCAAAUCUGUCCAUACUAUGCUUCUCGGCCUGCCAUAAGCGCGGCUGAGAUUGUCACAUUGCCUUACCCCUUGCUGCUCCAGAAAUCGGCGCGUGAGGCGUUGGGCAUCUCCUUGCGCGGCCAUGUAGUCAUUAUAGACGAAGCACACAACCUGCUGAGUGCGGUCGAGGGCAUUUAUUCGGCUCAAGUGACGGACAUUCUAAUGAAACGGGUCAAGGAGGCCUUGAUUGUAUAUCUGAAGAAGUUCCGCAAUCGACUCAAGGGUAGUAACAGAGUGUAUGUUGCUCAACUGGUGCGUCUACUAGACUCUUUGAUCAACUUUACUCAAAACGUGCAGAAGAACACCCUCGGCAACACGAUAGCACCAAGCGUAUUGCUGAGCGGUCAAGGCGUUGAUCAAAUCAAUUUAGCCAAGCUGGUCCGAUACAUCAAUGACAGCAAGCUUGCAAGGAAGGUGGAGAGCUAUGCUGCACAUCUCGCGCAAGAGGCACAGAAGACGGAAUCACACUCGAAGGCUAGCUCGAACAGCUCCACCGACGUCCCGACCUUGAUGCAUGUGCAAAAUUUCCUGAUGACACUCAUGAAUCCUUCCAAAGAGGGAGCCUUUCUCUGGUCAAUGGAAAACCAGGUGGUUACUCUACAGUAUUUGUUACUCAACCCUGCAGAGCACUUCAGAGACAUCGUCGAAGAGGCUAGAGCUGUCAUACUCGCCGGCGGAACCAUGUCCCCAAUGGACGAGUACAAUCAACAAUUGUUUCCAUAUCUCACGGACAAGGUGCGAACGUUUUCCUGUGGCCAUCUAAUUCCGCCUUCAAGCCUUCUCAUUCGGACGAUAGGCAUUGACGAUGAAGGUCGGGUCGAAUUUACGUUCAAAACUCGAAACAGAGCGAACUUUGCCCGUGCAGGCCGCGCAAUUGAGAAGGUUGCACAAGAGGUCCAAGGAGGUCUCGUGAUCUUCUUCCCAAGCUACGGCCUUCUCGAUGAUGUGGUUCGCACAUGGAAGGAGGAACCGAUCAUGGCGAGGUUGCAAAAUUCAAAGCGGGUCUUCCUCGACAGCCGAGACAUCGCGGCCGAAGAGACUUUUCGCGCAUACAGCGACGAAGUCCGCAAUUCUGGCACUGCGAUUCUCUUGUCCGUUAUUGGAGGCAAGCUAUCAGAGGGCAUCAAUUUUUCGGAUGAACUGGGCCGCUGCGUGGUCGUGAUAGGUUUACCAUAUCCCAACCUACAGACACCCGACUGGCAGGCCAAAUUGAACUAUCUGGAGGCAAGAGCGGCGUCAGAUGGCCAGCCGCGCGGUCAAUCGAGCAGAGAACAUGCAGAGAACGUGUGUAUGAGGAGCGUCAAUCAGGCAAUUGGGCGAGUGAUUCGGCAUAAGAAUGAUUGGGCUAGCAUUUUGCUGUUCGAUGCUCGAUAUAGCGAUGCCCGCAUUCAAGCGAAAUUGCCUGGCUGGAUCAGAGCUGCCACCACAACUACCACGGCAUCGAGCAAUGUGACAGAUGUUGCGAAUGCUUUGUCCUCGUUUUUUGCCUCGAGGCAGCGGUUGAUGGAAAGUGCUUGA